GACACUCCGGACGUCACCAAACUGCAGCACAACUGUUUCCUCAUGCAGUCGGGUUGUCGCUGCAUGUUGAGGCGUGAGACAGAAGUAUAAUCCACGUUUACUGUAACUUAAUUGUUUAGUAUUCACUUUAAAAAUAAUAAUAAAUUAGCGUCAAAUGCAUUCGCGAGCAAAAGUGGUUCGUUGAGUGUUUGCGUCGGCAGUUAGCCCCCGCGAGCUGGGUGAGAGUCCGCGAGCAUGCUCCAGUAACCGUGAACGGUAACUGUUCAUCUGGGCAACGUUGACAAUAACAGGUCAGCCGACUCCUCCUUUGAACACAGUUUAAUCCGACAGGCAACCCGAGAGAAAAAGGGGAUUUGGAGAAAAGCCUGCGACGGUGUGAUGGAAAAAGCAGCAGAGGAAACCGUUAAAAAGACGACGGAUGUAGCCGUGAAGGGCGAAGCUGCCCUCAAACCACAAUUCCUGACCACCAAAGACAAAUUCCAUGGAUUUGUGGACUCUGGGUGGCAGGGCCCAAAGGGGGGAAAGGCCAGCGAUGGUGACAAAGUAGAGGAGACAAAGGCGACCCCUGUUGAGGAACCUGAAACGAAAAAGCUCAAACUAGACCCUGAGGAGGGGAAUAAGGGCGGCAAACCAGACGGUAAACGUAUUCGGGGACAGAAUAAGUCGCGGCCGCACAUGAAGCAUACCGCCUAUGAUGAAAAGCGACUGUGUCUUUCAGUCAUUCAGGACAACAGGGAAUGUCCUUUCGGAGACAAAUGCCACUUUCACCACAGCGUAGCCGAGUACUUGGCAACGAAGCCCGCUGACAUCGGGGAAAGCUGCUACCUCUAUGACACAUACGGAAAGUGUGGUUAUGGCCUCUGCUGCCGCUUCGCCAUGGCGCACACUACGCCUGACUUCAAAACCAUGGUGAACGCGGAACUAAUUAAGGCCAACGAGGGCAGGACGGCGGUGAGGAACAGCCUGGACAAAGACCUCCAGAUUCGUCUGAGGAAGCGUUCGGUGACCUUCGACAAGUCAGCGGAGUACCUCGAAAUACUUUCGAACAACAAAGACAAAAAAGAACAGCAAGGGAAUGGUGAUGCUCGUGCAGCGGAAGUAUCUACAGAUCCAACUGGAGGGGAGCCGCGUGCGUCUACUGAGGCUGAAGCACAGCUACAGGCCAGCCCAGAUAAACAGCCUCCGGUGAAGACUGUUGGGCCUCUUACUGACGUAGAUGUCAUCAAGUUGCGCCUGUGUGAAAAGAAACAGGUGGACUUUCAAGACAAGCUCUACCUGGCCCCUCUCACAACUUGUGGAAAUCUGCCUUUCCGUCGCGUGUGCAAGCGCUUCGGAGCCGACAUCACCUGUGGGGAGAUGGCCAUGUGCACAAACCUGCUGCAGGGGCAGCAGUCAGAGUGGGCCCUCCUGAAACGGCACGAAAGUGAAGACGUGUUUGGCGUCCAGGUGGAAGGCUGCUUCCCCGACACCAUGACGAGGUGUGCAGAGCUCAUCAACAGCAACAUCGAUGUUGACUUCGUGGACAUCAACUCCGGAUGCCCCAUUGACCUUGUCUACAAGAAGGGCGGAGGCUGCGGCUUGAUGACGCGUACCAAAAAGUUUGAACAGAUAAUCAAGGGAAUGAACUAUGUCCUUGACGUCCCUUUAACAGUCAAGAUCCGCACUGGUGUCCAGGAGAAGUGCAACUUAGCACACAAACUCAUCACAGAGAUGAAGAAGUGGGACGUCUCUAUGAUCACAUUGCAUGGCCGAUCCAAAGAACAGCGCUACACCAAGUUGGCUGACUGGGACUACAUCAACACCUGUUCCAAGCUGGCUAGUCCGGUCCCCCUUUAUGGUAAUGGAGACAUACUGUCCUAUGAAGAUGCCAUGAAAGCAAGAGAGACUGGGGUUUCUGGCAUUAUGAUUGCAAGGGGUGCUCUCAUCAAGCCUUGGAUCUUCACUGAAAUAAAGGAGGGUAGACACUGGGACAUCUCGUCCAACGAGCGACUGGACGUCCUCAGGGAUUUCAGCAACUUCGGUCUGGAGCACUGGGGCUCUGACACUCGAGGUGUGGAGAAAACUCGCACCUUCAUGCUGGAGUGGCUCUCCUUCAUGUGCAGAUAUAUUCCAGUCGGCCUGUUGGAACGGGUGCCUCAGAAGAUCAACGAGAGACCUCCCUACUACCUGGGCAGGAACUACCUGGAGUCACUAAUGGCCAGUCAACAUGUUGGCGACUGGGUCAGGAUUAGUGAAAUGCUACUUGGACCAGUACCAAAGAAUUUCAUCUUCUUGCCCAAACAUAAAGCCAAUGCCUACAAAUGAUUUUCUCUUUCUCUGAACAUCCGGGCCGUUUGUUUUUAUUUGCCGCAGAUAAUAUGAUUUAAAGAAGGGAGAAUCUAUUGUUUUUAAUGUUUAAUUGUUUCAUUCAACCUGUGGUGCAGUAGCCGAAUACAUGCAGUGUUUGUGUACUUAAAAUAUAUGCAAUAAAGUCUUUCGCCACACUAA